UACUGACUUCUUUUUCAGUGGUGGACAAUCCAAUCAACAUUGCAUUGCAAGAAAAAAUGAAACGGCACACAGAUGAGGACAUGUUGAAACAUAUGAAGAUGACAGCCACGUGUUUACUUCUACCAGAUGUUUUUGGGGACGAUCCCAGCCUUUUUGUCAUUGUGAAUGAGAAGGUGCAAGUGUCCACACCCGUGUUAGAAGUUAAGAAUCCUUUCAACAUCGAUGACUGUGAAUUUUCUUUGUAUUUAGAAAAAGAGAGGCUCGCAAUGGUGGAGGACUGUGUUACAGCCAUGGCUGCCCUCCUAGCUGCCUUUCCUGUAUUUGGGAUUGAGUGUCCAAGAAGACUAUCCCAAACCCUCAACUUCCUGGACACACUGAUUUUUGAUAUGCACAGUCCCUGUUUUCCUUGUAUGAAAGAAAAGGAAAAGGAAGUUGGGUUUCAACACCUCGCCACUUAAUAUUAUAUCAGAACUGACCCCUGGGACAACUGAAACUUUGUAAACAAUUGUUUUGAUUUAGGGUCAUAGAGAUAGGUAUUAGAAAAUCAUCUUGUCUCAAAGAUGCAAAUGAAU